AAGUUGCGUUUGGGGAUCCGGGUUGGGGGUGGGGUACUGUAAAGCAAAUGCAAAGAAGUGCGGAAUUGUGAUUCCCAAUUCUACUUCCUAAUCAUUCUUCUCUGCUCUCUUCGAUUCACCUGCUCCAGAGGCAGCAAACGUCGAACUCCAUAGCUGAAGCAGAACCCUAGCUCACGCCUUCUCUUUGAUAUUCGCUGUUUGGCAGUGAAAAUGUCAACUCCUUCAAGGAAGAGACUGAUGAGGGAUUUCAAGAGGUUACAACAGGACCCUCCUGCGGGUAUUAGUGGAGCUCCUCAAGACAAUAACAUUAUGCUUUGGAAUGCCGUUAUAUUUGGUCCUGAUGAUACUUCUUGGGAUGGAGGUACGUUUAAAUUGACGCUUCAAUUCAACGAGGAUUAUCCCAACAAGCCACCAACAGUGCGAUUUGUUUCUCGCAUGUUUCAUCCAAAUAUUUAUGCAGAUGGAAGUAUAUGUUUGGAUAUCCUGCAAAACCAGUGGAGUCCAAUAUAUGAUGUUGCGGCUAUACUUACAUCCAUUCAGUCACUGCUGUGUGAUCCAAACCCUAAUUCUCCUGCAAACUCGGAAGCUGCUCGGUUGUUUAGUGAAAAUAAGAGGGAGUACAACCGGAGAGUCAGAGAAAUUGUGGAGCAGAGCUGGACUGCAGACUGAUACCACAUAUAUAGAGGUUAUUGCAACCUCAAUCAUGAGCUUUGGGGGCUCAUCUGUGUAAUAGUUCCAGACACCUAAGUCCGGAAUUGUAAUUUUAGUGGAGCACACUCAUGCUGAUCCCAGCAUAGUUUCUCUAUGCUACUCCCCAUCAAUUGUUGUUCACCGCUUGUCCAGCUCCUGUAGAUUAUGUCUUCUGGUAUUGGAUUUGUUUAGAUUGUGCUAUUUUCUUUUCCAACAAAGAUGGUUUUCAGAUACUUCCAUUAACUCUUAAGUUUGGAUUUAACUUGUAAGCCUCGCAAACCUAAUGUAUAAUCAUAUAUUUAAAUUGAAAAGAAGCAACAACUUUUCAUUUGCUUUUGGAUCAA